AGAGGGGGUGCGGCUCGGAUUAUGUCACCUCUUCCCUCUGCGCCCCGCCCCCCGGGGCCACACGCGUUGGUGGGGAGCCUGGGGAGGUGCGGGCGGGGUUUCCCCCAUCGCAGGGACUCCGAGGUCCUGUGGCCUGUGGCUGGGGUCUCUAUCAGUUGGCUCUGCGGGCCGUGGGCUGCUGGUGAAUGGCGACCCCCCCCACCCCCAGCAGAAGCUCGUGUGUGCGCGCGUGUGUGUGCUCGGGUUGGAGGGGGCGCUCUCGGCCCCCUCAGUCCUGAAACACCGGCUUCAUCAGAGCCAGUAGCUAGGUGAUGGGCCCAUUCCGCCGCCAGUGCUUAGGCCACCGAGGGAAGACUGAUCUCCCCUCACUCAUCCCAACCAAGAAGUUCUGGAUAUCUCUGCACCCCAAAAGCCCUGCAGUGCCCCCAGAUCCCUUUCCUCCCUCAGUCCUGCUUCCUGGAAACCCCUCCUGCUCUCCCUGCCCGGAUUCACUGCCUCUUUGCAUUGCCCAUAACUAGCAUUCCCACAGGCAUUUACCCUGCAUUUCCUUGGUGCAGGGCCCAGAGACCCCUAGGACUCUGCCCUCUGUGCCCCUGGGAAACCUACAGGCUAGCCCUGGGGAGGCCUCAGAGUGAAAUCUCCGGGGGGUGUCCUGAGCCAAGUGCUCCAAGACGCCCCCUCUGGGGGUGGAGAUCAGGGAUGCUGUCCUGAGGCCAGCCUUUGGACUGGUCUAGAAGCAUGUAGGAUGGGCACAGAGAGCUGGCAAGAGCUUGUGUGUGAAGUAGAGAGGGGCUCAGGUCAGGGGACAUAGAGGAGGGGCAUCAGGAGAGUCCUUGGAGACCCUGCUGCAAGCUCUGCUCUGGUUCUGGGGACCAAGAGGAAUACCAGGCGUUUCACCCAUAAUACAUUUACUUCUUAAAAUGCCUGCAAGGUAGGUGUGAGAACCCGAGGUGAAAUAACCUGCAUGAGGUUGCACCCCUAAUCAGUCGAGCUGGGAUUUACACUUGGAGCUGAUGCUGCCAGAACUCUGUCUACUGCACUUGGUCUUGCUCAUGGAAGGAUUUGGACAGAGUAGGGGCAAGAUCAGCUUUGCCCUUUAGAAGGAGUCCCCUGGCAGCUGCCUGGGAGAGGGAGUGCAGAAGAAAGUCCAGUGAGGAGCCCCCAGCAGGGGUGCUGGAUGGAGGGGCUGGCUAGAGAUUUUUAGGAGAUAGAAUGGGCUGGGGUUGGGGCCUCUGAGACCCCAAGUGUUUCUAGCUUUGGGAGAGACACAGGUUGAGGGGUGGGUUGGAGGUACCUGUAGGUGUAACUAUCAGGUAGAGUCUGUUUGGCCCCCUCAUGAUGCUAAAACUGUGUAUAAUGCCCCAGGCACUGAGGGCUGAGGUGACAGAGAUCGAGGCAGUCAGGCAACAGGCUGUCAUCCCAGGGUGGUGCACUGAUGCCAGGAGGCUGCCUUUGCAGACCAUGCUCAGUUACCUGGACCAGUUCAGGACCUUGACCUUUCCUCUCGGUUCAGUUCCUGCUUAUCAGGGAACAUCCCCUUCUUUGUCCUGCUGGGAUUUUUUUUUUUUUUUUUUUUUUUUUGAGGGGGAGUCUCACUCUGUUGCCCAGGCUGCUGGAGUGCAGUGGCACAAUAUCACUGCAACCUCCACCUCCUGGGUUCAAGCAAUUCUCGUGCCUCAGCCUCCGGAGUAGCUGGGAUUACAGAUGCGCACCACCAUGCCCGGCUAUCUGCUGGGAUUUUGUGGAAAGAAGCUGCAGCAGCCAAAGCUUGGGAGAGACAAGGGGCAGGGCAUGCUUGCAAGGGGUUAACCAUGACAGGUUACAAUUACGACAAGAAGCUCUUUAGGGAGUGAGGCUCCAGAGAGAGCUUCUGUGGGUUGAUAGUCAAGCAUUCCCCAGGUAGAGCACGGAGAAAGGAGGCUCAGGACAAUGGUCCUGGGACCUUGUUUCCAUCCAUGACUCGAGGCAUAUGAGACUUGCUGGGGACUACACACACUCUAGAGAAACAGUAGGGCAGAGUGGCCUAUGACCAGCCCCAACCUAUGCUCAGGUUGUCCUUUCCCGGAUCUCAGAGAAGGUGUACUACAUGUUUGUAUUGCCCCUUAUAGUUUACAAAGCACCUUCCCAAACAUUAUACCCUGUCACUCAAGGUCAACAUGAUCACUGUUGAGGUUUAUUCCUGCCCAGAUCCAGGUAUCUGGUGCAGUCACCUUGCUAUCCCCUUGCCUAGAUCUUUCAUCUCACUAUUGGCACCUUCCCUCAGCAUAUUAACACCCAGGUUUCUACCAUGGUUAAUUUUAAAAUUAAAAAAGCCCUUGAAUCUCAAACCUCCUUAAAUGACUGUCUUCUCUUUUAGCAGGAACUCUGCCAUGUCUUUCUCUGCACUCCUCUAACCUCGUGGACUGCCUUUGUUUUGUACUGCAUUUUUUGUUCUGUUUUGUUUGUUUGUUUGAGAAGGAGUCUUUCUCUGUCACCCAUGCUGGAGUGCAGUGGUGCGAUCUUGGCUCACUGCAACCUCCACCUCCUGUGUUCAAGCCAUUCUCCCGCCUCAGCCUCCUGAGUAGCUGGGAUUACAGGCAUGCACCACCACACCCAGCUAAUUUUUUUGUAUUUUUAGUAAAGACAGGGUUUCGCCCUGUUGGUCAGGCUGGUCUCGAACUCCUGACCUUAGGGGAUCCACCCGUCUUGGACCUCCCUAAGUGCUAGGAUUACAAGCGUAAGCCAGUGCACCGGCCGGUUUUGUUUUUUUUUUUUUUUUUGACAUAGUCUCUCUCUGUCUUCCAGGCUGGAGUGCAGUGGCAUGAUCUCGGCUCACUGCAACUUCUGCCUCCCGGGUUCCAGUGAUUCUCCCACCUCAGCCUCCUGAGUAGUGGGAUUACAGGCGUGCACCACCACGCCCAGCUAAUUUUUUGUAUUUUUAGUAGAGAUGGGGUUUCACCACGUUGGCCAGGCUGGUCUCGAACUCCUGACCUCAAGUGAUUUGCCUGCCUUGGCCUCCCAAAGUGCUGGCAUUACAGGUGUGAGCCACCGCAUCUGGCACUUGUACCACUUUUCUGAAACCAUUCCGACAUAGACAUUGGUGAUGUCUCGAGACCAGCUCCUAAAUCGGCAGCACACUCUCCAACCCCAAUGUUACCUGGCCCUGUUAUUUUUAACACUGGAAACUGUCCCCACAUUCUUGAAUCCCCCCAAUCAUGGCCUUCAGGGCCCACCUUCUCCUGGCCUUCUUCCUGCUCCCAGAGUGCCUUCCAGACUUCUGGGGCUUUGCUCCCUGGCUCAGUGCUGGCCCCCACCCCCAGCACCCUUGAAAACUGAUGAUCUCAAUCUCUCUCCAUCUAGUGCUUUUUUUUUUUUUUUUUUUUUUUAAGAAGGAGUCUCGCUCUGUCACCCAGGCUGGAGUGCAGUGGUGCAAUCACAGCUCACUGCAACCUCUGCCUCCCGGGUUCAAGGGGUUCUCGUGCCUCAGCCUCCCAAGUAGCUGGGAUUACAGGAAUGCAUACCACACCCAGCUAAUUUUUCUAUUUUUAGUAGAGAUGGGGUUCCACCAAGUUGGCCAGGAUGGUCUUGAACUCUUGGCCUCAAGUAAUCUGCCCACCUUGGCCUCCCAAAAUGCUGGGAUUACAGGCAUGAGCCACCUUGCUUGGCCUCCAUUUAGUGCUUGAGAGGUAUCUUCCUCUGGUGUUUCCCAAAGCAACUAUUUUCCCCAAGCAGUCUCCCCCUAUCAUGUUAACAGUGUUGCACCCACCCUGGUGCCCAGUCCAGAGUUAUCCCUUGUCCCCACCGCCUGACCUGAUCUGUAUGAAAUUUUGCCAGUUCCUUCCCAAACCCUGCCCAGGGCUUCCUACUCAUUCCAAGCCUCAGGCCUUUCAGGCUUCAUCCUCCCAGUCCCCAGCUGCUCCCCACAUUGCACCCAGAGAUGGCAAAGGAAGGGGCCAUGCUUAAGGUAGGAGGGGGUUGCGGGGCUGAGGCAUAGGGGGCUGGAGUAUGCUGGGGAGUAGAGGCAGAGCAGGGACUAGGGUGAGGCCAGAGAGGGACCCAAGGCACAAAGGGAAGGAGGCUGUCACCCUCAGGGCUGUGUACUUGCUGUUUGCGCCCUUCAUUUGUGCCCUACGUGGCUCUCUGUCCUCAUCCUAGUCCUGGCCCUUGCUUAUGGGGACAGACGGGUCCAAGGGAGGAGGGUGGCGAAGUGCUCUUCUCCACACCUGUGGGGACAGAUGCUGAGAAUGGAAUUCUACAAAGACAGUGGACAGGCUUGGUAGUGAACUUUCCAACAACCUAGAGCUCUCAUUCCUGGUGUGGGGGCCAGAAGACUCCCGAAGGACAACAGUUUUGUCAGGUUCCCUUGGUCUGGGCCAGGCACUCAGCAUUAGAACUGGGCAUCUGGGUAGAAGAUGGUCUGUGGGGCCAUAGGGUGCCACGUGGGCCCCUUAACUUGAUAGGGAAGGAGGGCUCCCUGCCUGGUUUAUGCAGGGUGUAGUGGGAAAAGGCCUGAAGGGCGUCCUCUCCCAUUUCCCACACACUUAUUUGAGGGUCUGACCCGAGGCAGACACUGCCUGGUGCUCCUGCCCGGCUGCAUUAUGCAGAUCUCUGGGGCAGGUGUUCCCAGGUGCCAACUUGAGACAAAGGAACGAGGAAGCACGGCCUCCCUGAGCACAGGUAACCCGAGGCCAGGCUCCCCCUGCGCUUGUGGGCCGGCCUUGGGGGAGGGGGACGCGCACCCACAGAAGGGCUCAGAGGGCUUCACGGUAAGCUGAGCAGGGUCAAGGUCCACAGGGAGCGGGAGAGGGUAGUAAUCCAGGAAGUCUUCCUGGUGGCAGUGAAUUCUUUGCGGGGUUCGGCAGGCUCAGGAUCCUUGGGGGCCGCUGAAGGGUGCGCGGCCCCCCCCCACCUGUGGGAAACGCAGGCCCUGAGGGAGGCUCCGUCAGCGCCAGCAGCUGGCGCCACUGCGUCCCCUGCCCCAGCCUCAGCCAGCCCUGGGACCUCUGCGGAGGACUGAUCCCGGGAAUGGGGCCCUGUCUUCCCAGGGCCCCGGUGCGGCCGAGUUGGGAAGACCUUGGGGAGGGCAGGCCUGCCACCUACUGCAGCCGCGGGCCCUGUCCAUCCGCGAGGGACAGGGUGUGCCCUUGGCGGCGCCCACCCACGACCCAGAUGUGCGUCGCCUACCCACCCUCCCCAAGACCCCCGUUUCCUCAGGCGCUCGCCGCCUCGGGGCGCCUGGCACGCGGCAGCCCUGCAAGGUAGGUCCUUCAUUCCUCCCAUUUCGCAGAGGAGAAAACUGCAGUCCGGGAUGGCUCAGUCGGCCCCUCCAAAGUCGCGCAGCUGGUUCGGGCCGAGCCCCGACUGCGAGAGUGAGGCACAUGGCCCCUGCAGACCGGGCCUCGGAGGGUCCCAGGCUUGAGGACCCGUCGGCCCCUCAACCCCUUGGAAAGGCAAGGAGAGAAGCCUGCGCUGGUAGUGAGCUUCCACUUCUGCCCUGACUGCAACACCUUAGUGCCCCCCUGGCUUAGUCAUGGCGAAGCUGGAGACGCUGCCUGUGCGCGCUGACCCAGGGCGGGAUCCUCUCCUGGCCUUUGCCCCACGGCCCUCCGAGCUUGGACCCCCGGACCCCCGCCUGGCCAUGGGCAGCGUGGGCAGUGGGGUGGCCCAUGCCCAGGAGUUUGCCAUGAAGAGCGUGGGUACCCGCACAGGGGGUGGGGGCAGCCAGGGCAGUUUCCCUGGCCCCCGAGGCAGUGGCAGUGGGGCCAGCAGGGAGAGGCCGGGCCGCUACCCCUCAGAGGACAAGGGUCUCGCCAACUCCCUCUACCUCAAUGGCGAGCUGCGGGGCAGUGACCACACUGAUGUCUGUGGCAACGUGGUUGGCAGCAGCGGUGGCAGCAGCAGCAGUGGUGGCAGUGACAAAGCCCCACCACAGUAUCGUGAGCCCAGCCACCCACCCAAGCUCCUGGCCACCUCUGGCAAGCUAGACCAGUGCUCAGAACCACUAGUUCGGCCGUCGGCCUUCAAGCCUGUCGUACCCAAGAAUUUCCACUCCAUGCAGAAUUUGUGCCCCCCGCAGACCAAUGGGACUCCUGAGGGACGGCAGGGCCCUGGUGGCCUCAAAGGCGGACUGGACAAGUCUCGGACCAUGACUCCAGCGGGUGGAAGUGGGAGUGGCCUCUCAGACUCAGGCCGGAACUCCCUCACAAGCCUGCCCACCUACAGCUCCAGCUACAGCCAGCACCUGGCACCCCUCAGUGCCUCCACCAGCCACAUUAACCGCAUUGGCACUGCCAGCUAUGGUAGUGGUAGUGGUGGCAGCAGCGGUGGGGGGUCGGGUUACCAGGACCUGGGGACCUCUGAUAGUGGACGGGCCUCCAGCAAGAGUGGAUCGUCGUCAUCUAUGGGGCGGCCAGGCCACCUGGGCUCUGGGGAGGGCGGAGGUGGAGGCCUGUCUUUCGCGGCCUGCUCACCGCCCUCCCCUAGUGCACUCAUCCAGGAGCUGGAGGAGCGGCUAUGGGAGAAGGAGCAGGAGGUGGCAGCUCUGCGGCGCAGCCUGGAGCAGAGCGAGGCGGCUGUAGCCCAGGUACUGGAGGAGCGGCAGAAGGCGUGGGAGCGGGAGCUGGCCGAGCUGCGGCAGGGCUGCAGCGGGAAGCUACAGCAGGUGGCCCGACGUGCCCAGCGCGCCCAGCAGGGCCUACAGCUGCAGGUGCUGCGGCUGCAGCAGGACAAGAAGCAGCUGCAGGAGGAGGCGGCCCGGCUGAUGCGGCAGCGGGAAGAGCUGGAGGACAAGGUGGCCGCCUGCCAGAAGGAGCAGGCCGACUUCCUGCCCCGGAUGGAGGAAACUAAGUGGGAGGUGUGCCAGAAGGCUGGCGAGAUCUCCCUUCUGAAGCAGCAGCUGAAGGACUCGCAGGCGGAUGUGUCGCAGAAGUUGAGUGAGAUCGUGGGACUGCGCUCGCAGCUGCGGGAGGGCCGGGCCUCGCUGCGGGAGAAGGAGGAGCAGCUGCUUAGCCUGCGGGACUCCUUCAGCAGCAAGCAGGCCAGCCUGGAGCUGGGCGAAGGCGAGCUGCCUGCCGCCUGCCUCAAGCCGGCGCUGACCCCCGUGGACCAGGCCGAGCCACAGGAUGCUCUGGCCACCUGCGAGAGCGACGAGGCUAAGAUGCGCCGUCAGGCCGGGGUGGCCGCUGCCGCCUCCUUGGUUUCCGUGGACGGGGAGGCGGAGGCUGGCGGGGAGAGCGGGACGCGGGCCCUGCGGCGGGAGGUGGGGCGGCUGCAGGCCGAGCUGGCGGCUGAGCGGCGGGCUCGGGAGCGCCAGGGUGCCAGCUUCGCCGAGGAGCGCCGCGUGUGGCUGGAGGAGAAGGAGAAGGUGAUCGAGUACCAGAAGCAGCUGCAGCUGAGCUACGUGGAGAUGUACCAGCGCAACCAGCAGCUGGAGCGCCGGCUGCGGGAGCGCGGGGCCGCAGGGGGUGCAAGCACGCCCACUCCCCAGCAUGGCGAGGAGAAGAAGGCCUGGACCCCCUCCCGCCUCGAGCGCAUUGAGUCCACAGAAAUCUGAUCGACUGGGCACUCGGCAUUUUGACACAUGUCCUGUCAAAAGGCCAGAGUCCUCAGUGUCCCCUCCCCUCCAUCUCUCUUCCCCAUAGACCCCAUAUCCCCAGACCAAAGAGGUUCUCUAAGCAGCUGUGACCAGGUUCCUCCCUCCCCACCUGCCCUCCUAGCUCCAGCACUGCCCCCGUGGCAGCCCACUUGGACCCUCCUAAAAGGAGGGAAUAGGAGGAGGGCAGGGUGAGUGGAGGACUCAUGCUCCCUUUCUUGGCACCCCCUUGUUGGAGAUGGAGGCAGCAGACCUGCAGUGCCAUAAGGUGCCCCAGUCCUUCUGGGGGUCUGGGCUGCUACUGUUGGCCACCCUGUGUCUAGUGAUGCUCUCUGUGCUCACUUCCUAAGCCAUGGAGUCUGAGGGGGCCUGCACCGGGUUUACUGAAACUGACAGAGCCUGGGCUCCAGACCUCUCUCCCUCCUACAGUGCUCUCCCUCCCUGGGCAGAUUGGCAGGACAAGUGGGAGCAGAUGGCCUGCCUUUGGUUGAGAGGGCUACCUGCCCAGCCCCUCCCCCUACAAGAUCUCUUGGGCUCAGGCCUCAGAGCCUGGCCUGGUCGUGAGUGUGUGUCCCUGUGUGUGUGUUGCGGGAGGGGAGGACUGGGGCUGGAAGUCCAGCACCCAGGGAAGAUCUGUCCUCCUGUUCUUGGGAAGCGUGGCCUGAUGGCUUCUCGGCUCUACCGUCACCCUUCUGGCCAGGAUCCCGCAGGGCAACAGCCCCAUCUGCUUGGCUGACCCCACACCCAGGGCCACUGUCCGGCUCUAACACAGCUAUUAAGUGCUACCUGCCUCUCAGGCACUCCUCGCCCAGUUUCUGAGGUCAGACAAGUGUCUGCGAUGUCUUCCCGCACUCUAUUCCCCCAGCCUCUUUCUGCUUUCAUGCUCAGCACAUCAUCUUCCUAGGCAGCCUCUUCCCCAAAGUCUCACCUUUUCUUCCAGUAGAAAAUUCCGCUUGACCUUUGGUGCACUGCCCACUUCCCAGCUCCACUGGCCCAAGUCUGAGCUGGAGGCCCUUGUUUUGGGGGUGGGGGGAGAGUUGGAUGUGAUUGCCCUUGAAGAACAAGGCUGACCUGAGAGGUUCCUGGCGCCCUGAGGUGGCUCAGCAUUUCUGCCCAGGGUAGGCCUGGCAUGAGGGGUUAGGUCAGCCAAUGUCAGCUACUUCUCUUGGGGCCCUCUCAGAGUCCAUCUCCCCAAGACAGAAAGGGAAAAGCAAAUUUCUAAUUCACCAGCAAUAAAAAUUGGAGGAGGCUUGGCCCUCAGCCCUUGUAUUUCUCUCUUUUUCACUCUCUCUUCCUCCCACCCCCAAGACUGAGUUUUGGGGGACAAGGUGGAGAGAGCUGGCAACUACUGUGAGUAAGUCCCCUAGCCCCUGACCAGCCUCCUCCCAUGACUGGUGACUGUUUAAUGAGCUGUGCAUCCCCCACAAAAACAUGAGUGCCCCUCUGUGUGGCCUCUAACCCUCUGCACAGCCCUUCUGGGUGGUCCUCACCAGGUCUCUGAGCUGGGUAGGAGGCCAUCCUGGCAACUACUGCCCAUUCCAUUCACCCCUCACUGCACCUGCCCUAGAACCUAGGCCUAGGCCACGGGGCAGGGAGAAGAGAAGGCAUUAGUAAGAAAAAAAUAGAAAAAAAUAUGAACAGACUCAGCUUUGGGAUGUCCAACCACAAAAUAAAUUAUAUAUAAAUAUAUAUAAAUAUAUAUCUCUACCAUAUGUGAUGGAAAGACUUUUUGUUUUCCUUUCCCAAAGAAAUAAAAUGGAAAAAGCCUC